GCCGGCGGUGAGAUCGUGACCAUUGAGCUGCCCGAUGCAAUGAUCAAGCAUUGGUGGGACCUGAAGCCAGAGUUCAAGCAAUUCGUCGAGGACUUCCGAUCAAGGAACCCCCUGGCAAAGGACUUUGUUGUGAAGAAGGGUGCAGGCCCGGGCUCGAAAGAUGGUGGAGGCACGGCUCCUUCGGUAAAGAAUCCAAAGAAGAGGGCCGCUGAAAAGGACCUCAGUGGAUGCAUUGUUGAGGUGAAGGAUGCCCCUGGAACGAGAAUUCUGGAGGUUCCACUCGUCAAUGCCCGCAUGGCUACCAGGUCCGACUCGUUGCCCACACUUGUGAUCAGCGACAUGGGCCCAAUGAUCCUGAACGAGACCUCUGUGGCUGCUACCCUUGCAUCCGGUGCCAUCCUGUGCGGAUGGGGCAAAGGCAAAUUCCGGGAAGGAGGCAAAGACAAGGCCGCUUUCAACGAAGACAAAGACAUCUUGUUUGCACCCUCAGCGGCCACGAUUGGCGUCGUGGACAACGUUGCCAAAACCUUUGAAGAGAUCCUGGAUAAUGCAAGGAUGACCAAGGGCCUCGAUCAGUGCAAAGUUUGCUACCACAAGGCCACCGUGAACCCAGAAGGCAAGUGGGAGCUGGAGAAGGUCAACGAUGUGAUCUUCGGCGCCGUGGACGAAGAGGCAAGCCUGAAGUGGAGCCAGAGCCAGGCUGCAAAGAAGAUUUCUCCCAAGAAGUGGGACACGGAAGUCUCUGCUGUAGGAUGGCAGCUGAAGUGGUCCAUUAAUGGAUUGCAGCCCUUGCGUCCCAUUGUCAUUGCAAAGCAAGACUUGACGGUGGAAGCAGGCAAAGCCUUGGUGUUGCAGUAG